GGUUAGUUCAAAAGGAACAGAAGGACCCAAAGAAAUAAAUUAGGCGGGAAAUUUGACUCGAUCCCACAAUUUCCCCAAUUGCUCUAACCUCAAUGAAAUCAGAUCCAAUUCAAAUCAAAUCCGACGAAUUCAUGCAAUGCAAUCAAAGAUCAGUGCCUUCUUCAAACCCUCCUCUUCCUCUUGCCCCAACCCAGCAGCCGCAUCUCCUCUUCUUUCCAACGAAAACGACGACGAAUUGAGCGUCUGGGAGAAUACGCAGCACCAGUACUGUAACACCUACAAGCGAAGAUCUCCAAACCCUCAAAGUAGUGGAAGGGACAAAAAUCCAGUGAACCAAUUGCCGGAGAAACCCUUUUCUGAUGGUAAUUCCGGGAAGCCGGAAUCGACCACAUUGGGAAGAAUAGUGACCAAGAACAAGAAGAGAAGCUAUGCUCAGUUCUAUCUGGACUUUGGACAGUCUGAUUUCAAUCUGCACACGUGCUCCACGUGCGGGGUCAAGUAUACCGCCGGAGACGAAGACGAUGAGAAGUCUCACAGGGCAUUUCACAAGGAGUAUACCAAUGGAAUUCCAUUCAAGGGAUGGUGCAAUGAGAGGGUUGUUCAUUCGCCUUCUGUGGAAGGAGGUCGGAUUGUUUUGGUGUUGGAUUCUGAUCCUCCGGCGCAGAGAAACAAGGUUGGGGAAGUUGUGAAGAGAAUGGAGAGUGAGCUUGGUAAUGGAUGGAUUUUGCACAAGUUGUGUAAGGUAUAUCUGUUCAUUUUAUCCCAAAGGGUUGCUGGCUGUCUAGUUGUGGAACCAAUAACAGAAGCAUACAAAGUUCCUUCAUUUGCAGCUGAUGGAAGUUCUGAUGGUACUACAACACAUGAAGCAAAAUCAUCUACUCUCCAAUUUGGGGAUAUCAGGUUUCAGAGGGAAGUCAUGAGAAAAGCCCCUUCUGUUCCUAAAGCGUUGAAUGAGAAUCUCAACGGUGCUAUCUUCUGCGAAAGGGAAGCAGUGGCUGCUGUUUGCGGCGUUAGAGCCAUUUGGGUCACUCCAUCUAACAGAAGAAAACACAUAGCCACCCAGUUAUUAGAUGCCCUGAGGAAAAGUUUCUGCAUGGGAUUUGUCCUCGAACGCUCUCAACUGGCAUUCUCUCAACCAACAUCAGCUGGAAAGGCAUUGGCAUCCAAUUAUAUUGGUGGUGGUGGAUAUUUUCUGGUUUACAAAACCAACCAUACUGUCCCAUAAAACUCAGAUAUUUGUGUCCAUCUGUGCCUUGAGUUUAAUUCCUUUAGAAACAAUUUUGACAUGUUUGCUAAAUUCUAAAAGCUAGAAAUUCAGUUCUUCAAUCU